AUGGAGGACUACUCUGUACUCCAAUCUCGUUUGCACUGUAACCUCGGUGGAAAUCUAGUCUAUUGUCGACUAGACUACAGGACGACAACCGUUAGCAGCGCUCGAGGUAACCCUCAUCGACAUUACGCGGAACGGCAGGCAAUGUCAGAGCUCGUGAAUCUCCUGUUGACCACUCCUAGAGCCGGAGUGAUUGCCGGGAAUGCCCGUAUUUAUGUGCAGUGACUAGAAAGUCUCGUUCAUUACUUGUAUUAGAUCCGCAGGACAAACGCACGACAGACAGAGGAGAAAGAGAGUGCCCCACACAAGAUGACGCAGCAUGGGGGCACCGCAGACUCAUCCAAGUCUACUACAACAGGUACCACAGCGGGCCCCUUCAUGUACGGAACACAGAACCAUUCUUCAGAUCCUUCCUACAUAUAUAUGCACACACACGGACACCCUCCCUGAUUCCUUACGCUAGUAAUUAUCCGUCACAGUGUGUUGCUCAACGUACUCGGACACCACCGAAAAACCAAACAGAAAAAAUAGGCGUUGCAAGGGAAAACCCGGCCUCCGAGCCAAAAACCCUCGCAAUGAUACUACGACUGCCAAAAUAAAACAUCAUCGUUGUCAUCUCAACGACUCCAAUUCCAUACAAACGAAGGCCAAACACAGCGCUACGUUGGCAUUGUAUUUCAGCUACUCCAAUUCCCCUUCAUGGCGACAUACCAAGAAGACCAAACUACAUCGAUGGUUCGAAUGAUCAUCUCAACAUUUUCAGGAAAUAACAAACAUCAAUAUACCAACGCUAGCUGACACACAGCUGUGCUCUCCCGCGACAUCUGGCCUACAAUUCGAACAACAAGGAACGACGUUGAUACGAUCAAAACACGGUAGCGACUGUUGAGGGGAGGUCGUCAGAGACAUGCACGUUCACUAACAUCAGGUUAACGCCACAUUGGAUGCUCUCCCACAUUGUGCGACUACAAACGAGAAAACUCGAAUUGCUACCGGUAUUCUCUGCUACAGGUGUUAGUACCCUCCCCUUCAUCUGGAGAGCACACCUUCGAAUUUUACUUUUUUUUUUUCGCUACCCUCCCUACAUCUGGGGGCGCGUGUAAGUACCCUCCCCUACAUCUGGAGAGCACACCAUCGAUUUUUUUUUGCGAUACCCUCCUUAAAUUUGGGGGCGCAUGUUGGUACCCUCCCCUACAUCUGGAGAGCACACCUACGAAAUUUUUCGCUACCCCCCCUACAUCUGGGAGUGCGUGUCAGUGUCAGUGCCUUCCCCUACAUCUGGAAAGCACAGGUUUCAAGAACUCAAGUCGCCCCCCCUACAUCUGGGGGCGUGGAGUGUUGGGGCUGGGUAUAGUGGGUUUCCUACCUUUCAAGGCCUCACGCUCACCUAGCUUAUCCUCCGAGCAUAAGACCGCCAUAAAAGCUCGGAUAUAUCAUCGGAUGAAGACGAAGUACACUUGUUGCUCAACAAAACACACACACUCAAGAAUGGAAACGCCCGAACCGCGAAUCUCCUUUCGAAAGCAUCAUUGGCUGUAUCAUCGUAUGCGAAACUACAGACGCUC